ACAAAAACGAUAGCAUACAAAAAUAGACACAGUAUGCUACUUACACUUUUUACAGUAAUAUCAAAGGAACAAAUCACAAGAGAAAAUAAAUAAAUAAAUAAAUAAAUGCACGGUAUAAAUAAAUAUGACCAAAUAUGUGCAUUUCUUUUACAUCAUAUCUCUGAACCAAUCACUGGCCAGAACGAACGCAUCAAAGCGGAGACUAACCAAUCAGAGACUUCCUAAGCAGUUCGUGGAGCGAGUUUUACCUGAGUAAAGUAUUUAUUUGCAUCUCUUCAAGUCUUCUGGGUGUAUUUUGACUGGUGAGCCCUCGCAGUUUGGAUAUAUCUUGUCGGAUCCUCUUGGAUGAUAGAAUGGACUCCGGUGACUGUCCUGAGAAGAACAUUCAGUUUAGGGUGGACCAUUUAUUAACUGCGGUAGAAAAUGAGCUUCAAGCUGGCAGCGAGAAAGGAGAUCCGACGGAAAGAGAGCUUAAAGUCGCUUUGGAUGAAAAUGAGCUUUGGCAGAAAUUCAAAGCACUGACAAAUGAGAUGAUAGUGACCAAGAAUGGCAGGCGCAUGUUUCCAGUACUAAAAGUUAAUAUAUCGGGUCUAGAUCCAAACGCCAUGUACUCUUUCUUACUGGAUUUCGUCCCAGCCGACAAUCACCGGUGGAAGUAUGUGAACGGUGAGUGGGUACCGGGCGGCAAACCCGAGCCACAAGCCCCUAGCUGCGUGUACAUCCACCCGGACUCGCCAAACUUCGGCGCGCACUGGAUGAAGAGCUGCGUGUCCUUCAGUAAAGUCAAACUCACCAACAAACUCAACGGAGGAGGGCAGAUUAUGUUGAACUCGCUGCACAAAUAUGAGCCGCGUAUCCACAUAGUGCGCGUUGGUGGUCCACAGAGGAUGAUCACCACUCACGCUUUCCCCGAAACACAGUUCAUUGCAGUGACUGCCUAUCAAAAUGAAGAGAUUACGUCUCUCAAAAUUAAAUACAAUCCAUUCGCCAAAGCUUUUCUGGAUACCAAGGAAAGAAGUGAUCAUAAGGAAAUUAUUGAGGAUGUCAGUGAAAGUCAGCAGUCUGGUUAUUCUCAAUUAAGCAGCUGGUUUCUGCCAUCCGCAGGGUCACUGUGUCCAUCCGCAAACCCUCACGCACAGCUCAACAGUGCACUGUCUCUGUCUACAUCCCACGGCUGUGAACGUUACUCCACUCUUAGGGGCCACCGGUCCGCACCGUACCCCAGCACGUACGCCCACCGCACUGCUUCUCCUACUGGUUAUUCUGACAGCUCCUCGUGUUUAUCCAUGUUGCCGUCUCAUGAUAACUGGUCCAGUCUACAGAUGUCCUCGCACUCCAGUGUGCUGCCGAUGGGCCACAGCUCUGGCCCAAACUCAAACACCAGUCAGUACACCAGCUUGUGGUCUGUAGGGAACUCCUCUCAGUCUGGAAGUAUGAGCAGCAGUCUGGGCUCUCAGUUCCUCCGCGGCUCGGCCGGUCACUACAGCAGUCUCGCUCACCCGCUCACAGCGCCCUCUUCUGGCUCUCCUUUAUACGACACAGCUGCUUCAGAGGCUUCAGAAUAUGACACAGCAGCCCAUACUCGCCUUCCUACAGCCUGGACCCAUGUGGCACCACCAUCCUUAUAGAAGUCAAGCCUAUGGACUAAAGUUAAGCCAUGUACAGUACAACUGAACUCUCCUGGCUUUCAAAUAGGGCUGUCAAAGUAUGGGGCAUUCACACCAGACAUGGUUUGCAUGAAUAGAUUGCGUUAUUCACACGUAGUGAAGUUUAUUUAUAACAACUGACCACGUUUGGUAUCAUUGGUGGGAUGUCUGUCUGCCCGGUAACUCCAGUUCUGUUGCUAAAUGGCUGACAUGGAUUUAAUUGAGAGAGUAGCUGUGCUUAAUGUGCUUUAGGAAUGCUGAAAAAACAGCGUAGAUUCGUUCGGCGCCGUGUCUGGGUCUAUUAGUUCCUUCAGAGUUGCACCCAGCUCUGUGAGUUCAUCAACUCCUCCAGAAACUGCUCCUGGAUGACGGCUGAUUUCAGUGGUACUUCUGAUUGAGCCUCGGGACACCUACUACAGGUGCUACGUCAUAAUCACGCCCCUACUAGAGCAAGCUCCUGAUUGGUUAACAUGUCAUGAAUGUCCAUCAAAGUUCAUCAUUCGCUCGCUGCGAAUAGUGUCGCAGGAUGCCUAAUUGCUUCAAUACAUUGACAAUCACUCGGCCUUGAUGCUUCAACUGUGUCUGUUGCGAACGUACCAUAAAACACAGCUGAUUGCUAUUGUGCUCACGUGCUCAACAGAAACUAACUGUGAUUGAUUGUGAAGGUCAUCAGUUCACCGCACUUCACCACUAGUCAUCAAGUGCAAACACAGAUACACGGACACUAGAGUUUUAUAGCUGCGUCAGUCAGUCAACCCAUCAGCAUGUUUUUGAACAGGAAUGAUGUUCCAGGAUCAACAUACAUACACUGCCUGACAAAAGUCUCGUCGUCGAUCUCAGUUGUAAGAGCA